AUGAACUUUGGGGUAGAAGAGGAAGGCAAAACGACACCUCGUUUAUCCUUCACUGAGGAAGCAAAACGGACAGUGCUCGUUGCGUUCGUGAAAGCUGGAUCCUGGCCAAGAGGGCUAGUGAUGCUGCACGGAUGCUUUAGCCGGUGGUGGUUAUCCUUGCUCGCUAUCUCUUCGAUCUUUACCUUUGUCAAUGAACGCUAUAUCUGUUUACACUAUAAGCAGCUUACAGUGCUGUGGUGUUCUAUUGGAGCUGAUACUCAGUUGAAUCAAACAAGCUGGGGUGUGUAUUGUCUCUUUGGGGACAGCUUACCUGAAAGUCCACCGGCAGCGAUGUCCAGAAAUGGGUAUUUUUUUGAAGAGACUGGUUAUCUUAAAUGUGACACCGAUGACGGCUGUGAGAACAAAGAAGAAGUAGGAGGAGAAGAGCUCUUUGACACUGUAAAUUCCUCAAUUGUUUCCGGGGACAGCAUCAGAUUCUUUGUGAAUGUCAAUUUGGAAGUACAACAGAAUGUAACUGUAGAAAGUGAAAGUGCUGGCUGUGUUUUAUUACAUACAUCUAGAAAGUACCUGAAAUUAAAGAAUUUUGAGGAAGAAGUCAGAGCCCACCGUGACCUGGAUGGGUUCCUGGCCAGAGCUAUCAUCAUACUGGAUGAGACCGCAACCUCCUUGGAUGAUGUUCUUCGAGAGAUGCUGAAACACUUCGCUGAAGAUUCUGACAACACAGAGCCAAGCUGCAACUUUGACAAAAUAAUGAGCACUUUAUUCACCGAUUCGGGAGCCCCCAGGGAAGGGAAUGUUCACCUCCUAUCCGAUACAAUUCAGGGGGUCACAGCAACCGUCACAGGGGUUCAAUAUCAACAGUCCUGGCUCUGUAUCAUUUGCACUAUAAAGUCUCUUCAGCGACGUCAUGUUUGCAUCAGCCGCCUGGAGAGGCCUCAGAACUGGGGGGAGAACUCCUGUGAAGUGAGAUUUGUCAUCUUGGUUCUUGCGCCUCCUAAAAUGAAAAGUACGAAAACUGCCACCGAAGUGGGCCGUACCUUCGCCACGAUGUUUUCAGAUAUAACUUUUCGGCAGAAGCUUCUAGAAACAAAAACCGAAGAAGAGUUUAAAGAAGCCUUGGUACAUCAGCGCCACCUGCUGACGGUGGUGAAUCAGAGACCCUCAGCAGUGAACGAGGGGCACAAAACACACAGCCACAAGCCGCUCAAGUUGCAUGAGUUUUUCAAUGUUGGCAAGGGAAUAUUUGAUGACAUAGCACGAAGAUUUCCAGUGUACGCUUUGGACUUCACUGACGGGAUUAUUGGGAAUAACAAGGCCAUAGGAAAAUACAUCACAACGAUGAUCUUUUUAUAUUUUGCCUGCCUCCUGCCAUCCAUUGCAUUUGGUUCCCUAAAUGAUGAAAACACAAGAGGAGUUAUUGAUGUGCAGAAGACAAUUGUUGGCCAGUGUAUCGGUGGACUUCUUUAUGCUCUGUUUUCAGGGCAGCCGCUAGUUGUACUCUUAACCACAGCUCCUUUAGCCUUGUACAUCAAUGUGAUCCGGGGGAUCUGUGAUGACUACAGCUUGGAUUUUAGUGCUUUCUACGCCUGGAUUGGACUGUGGAACAGUUUUUUUCUUGUGCUGUAUUCUCUCUUUAACUUCAGUCUUGUAAUGAAGCUCUUUAAAAGAUCAACAGAAGAAAUCAUUGCACUUUUUAUAUCGAUCACAUUUGUGCUUGAUGCACUCAAAGGGAUUAUUAAAGUUUUUAAGAAAUAUUACUACCAUGAGCACCAAGGAGACAGUUACUUGGAAAAUACACGUGCUGAUGUAAUUCCAAGCCUCAGCAUCAAUACCACCUUCUUGAUGAAUUCAUCAGUGAGCAGGUCUAUGUCGCUGGAGAAUCAGACAGGCAUGAAUGAGGUCGUGCAUUAUGGACGUGAAACUGCUGUCCUUAGUCUCAUGUUGAUGCUGGGAACCCUUUGGCUUGGUCAUACACUUUAUCAAUUUAAGAAAAGCCCCUAUUUGCAUGCAAGGGUCCGCGAAAUCCUGUCCGACUGUGCCUUACCCAUAUCCGUUCUAACCUUCUCCAUCGUAGGCUCCUACUUCUUCAAGGAAAUAGAAAUGUCCAAAUUUAACUACAACCCAUCUGAGAGCUUAUUCGUGCUGGCCCCAAUCCAAUCUCUCUCCAUUGGCUCUGUAAUGAGUGCCAUGGGCCUGGGGUUCCUUCUGUCGAUGCUUUUCUUCAUAGAGCAGAAUAUAGUGGCAUCACUCACAAAUGCUCCAGAGAACAGAGUUUAUUUCAGGUUAGUGAAAGGAACAGCUUAUCACUGGGACCUCCUCCUUGUAGCUCUGAUUAACACGGGACUGUCUGUCUUCGGAUUGCCAUGGAUACAUGCUGCGUUCCCUCAUUCCCCAAUGCACGUCCGAGCACUGGCCUACGUGGAAGAGAGGGUUGAAAACGGGCACAUCUAUGAGACGAUAGUGAGCGUGAAGGAGACACGACUGACUACACUGGUGGCCAACUUCUUGGUGGGUCUCUCGCUCUUCCUCCUGCCCUUCCCACUGCAGUGGAUCCCGAAGCCAGUCCUCUAUGGCCUCUUCCUGUACAUCGCCCUGACCUCCAUUGAUGGGAAUCAGCUCUUCGAGAGGGUGGCCCUCUUGCUGAAAGAACAGACAGCUUACCCUCCGACGCAUUACAUCCGCAGGGUCCCUCAGAGGAAGAUCCACUAUUUCACAGGCCUACAGGUUCUUCAGCUCCUCAUCCUCUGUGGGUUUGGGAUGUCACCGUUACCGUACAUGAAGAUGAUUUUUCCUCUCAUUAUGAUAGGAAUGAUCCCGAUCAGGUAUAACCUGCUUCCUAGGAUCAUUGAAGCAAAAUACUUAGAUGCUAUGGACGCGGAGCACUAA